ACAAUGGUAUGCUCCCUCCUUCCAGUGGUCUGCACUGAGCUGCUGUGUUUAGUCUCUCCCUCCAGACUCCCUCCGUUUAAGAGCGAUAAGCUGGAAGUACGCAUAUAAUACACGGCACCUCUGGGAGACAUGCAGCGCUGUCUGCAUCGAAAGCAGUAGCACCAGUAAGUUAUUUACAGUUUACAUCCUGUGUCGGGAUAAAUAUUUUUGUCUGGACUGUAAACAUAGCGCGGAGCUUUGAUAUAAAUAAGCUUGAGGUUUGAAAACCCAACGGAGAAGUUUGCGAGCCUCGUCCACUUCUCCAUUACCCUCGUGGAAAUGUAGACAUGUCCUAAAGGAGGAUGGUUUGGGGGUAGUUGCAUGGAGUGUGAGUUGGAUGUGGGAGCAGCUUUCGGAAGGAUAAAGGCGGGACACACAGUUGGAAAAAAAAGUUUCCCGGUGGAAGAACGAGGCGGUGACGGGUUGGAUUGUUGUAAAGUGAUUUUUACGCACGCUCCGCGCCGACACGUUUCUACAACCCAAGAUGCGCCCGCUGCUGAGCACGUCGUCUGGAUGGAACCGAGGAGAAAUCAAGUCUGGGAUGAUGUAUUUGCUUUUGCUCCUCGCGGUCGUGCAGUCCUGCCACGGCUGCCCGAACAAAUGCUCGUGUUCCUCACAAAUUGUGAAAUGCCAAAACCAGGACUUGGACGAAAUUCCGCAUUCUUUACCGACCAAUACCAAGUCCUUGUUCGUCACAGGAAACAACAUUUCCCGUAUUAGUCUGGACUCUUUCCCAAACCCACUGGAACACUUAACAGACCUCUAUCUCAGUGGGAAUGAGCUGGAGUCUGUGGGUGCAAAGGUAUUUGAUAACUUGCCAAACCUUGUGCGUCUGGACCUGAGCAACAACAAGAUCCAGACUUUCAGUGAAAGAGCUUUCCCUCAUAAUAACACACUACAGGUCCUCAACCUCAGCAGGUCUUUUCACAGUCAUUCCACUAUAGAUGUGGUCCUGAGCUCCCUGCAGAGUGGAAACCUGCACCAGCUGACAGUCUUGGACCUGUCCAACAAUGACCUUGUGAUUCCUCCAGACGACCUCUUCGCCGGCCUCUCCAACCUGGUCAACCUCAGCCUGCAGAACAGCUCCAUCAUCUCCAUUCAGAACGGGACGCUGAAGGUGCCGCCACUGUGUGACCUUGACCUGAGGGACAACAGCAUGAGGGAUCUGCCCACCUCCACUCUGGCAGAGUUCAGCCACAAGCCUUGUCUCCGCAUCCGGCUGGCGGGGAAUCCUUGGCGGUGCGACUGCUUCAUCGAGGACAUGCUGUCGUGGCUGAAAAACACCACUCAGGUCGUCGACGUGCAGAACCUGACCUGCGCGGAGCCCAAGGGUCUGAGACACCAGCCGCUCCUGCAGGUAGAGCACUCGCGCCUUAAGUGUUCAGGCGACAUGGAGGGCGUUCUGGAGACCUCUUAUGUUUUCCUGGGGUUGGUGCUGGCUCUGAUUGGCGUCAUAUUCCUGCUGGUGCUCUACCUGAACAGAAAAGGCAUCAAGCGGUGGAUGUACAACAUCCGGGAUGCUUGUAGGGACCACAUGGAGGGGUACCAUUACAGGUACGAGAUAAACUCUGACCCACGUUUGGCCAACCUGAGCAUCAAUUCGGAUGUGUGAGAGAGGACGGGACACUGUCUGAGACCCUACAGUGAGAUAUUAAAUGACUUGUACUGUUAAGAUUUGCAUGAAAGUCUUCCUCCUCUUCUUCCCGCCCUUUUCCCCCCCAUGAUGCUAUUCAGACUUGACAUCUGUCAUGGCUCCUAAUUAACCUUUCUCAGAUCCUCCAUUCAGCCACUGCCGCAUGUCACCGUACAAGUACCUGGCAGCUGUGACGUCAACUGCGGAUCUUCCGUGUAAGAUUGCAUGGACAAUGAAGGGUUUUUUCUGGAGAGUUGCAAAGAGUGAUAUGUUCUAUUUUUACUUUUGCUAAAGGAUAAACGGAUGGAGUCCAUU